UUAUGAUAUUAAUUUGUAUUGGCGGGAACGAGCAUUAAAAUAUCAUUAUUUAUUGCAAUUGGUAAACAAACGAGGUAUUUUUAUUGUGUUAAUCGUUGUAUGAAGUGUUGUUUGUUUGAUGUGUCGUCGAAAUAUUUCCAUAAGAACUGCCGGAUUGUUAAUGAAACAGGUUAAUGUUGUACGUCACUGCACAUUCGAUUCAAGAACCUGAUCAUUAACAAAAAAAAACUCCCGCGAUUUACCUGCGAUCAUUCAAAAAAUGCGAGGGAUUUGAAUGGAAUCAAUACGCUUUUCCCGCUAGUAGCAAGUGUGACGGUGCUCCAUUAAGAAAUCGCAUUUCAUUGUUACCUAGCAAGUUGAUUGGGUAACUUUAUCAAAUCGUUAUCAAAAUGGUCCUCUCCAACGAAGACGACGUACAGUUACUCAAUAAACUGAGAGAUUUGUGCAGUAAAUUGAAUUUAGAUCAAAAAACCAUCGAUUUAGCUUGGGAUAAUUUUAGCAACAUUAAUAAAAAUUUCACUUUAGAGGGCGAUGCUCUGAGUUGGCUGGGAUGUGCAGUAUUCAUAGCAUCUCAGUCAGUAACAGCAUUAUCGAACGUAGAUCAAAUUUACAUUGAUUAUAUCGUCAAGAAGAACGGUGUUUCUUUAACGUCUCUUCUUUGUCACAGCAAAUUAAGUUUUGCCCAGUUCUUCAGCAACAUUAAGAAGUGGGUGGAUAUGGCGCAUUUGUCAGAGCACUUCAAGAAUAUGAUUCAAACUGUUGAAGACACUUACGGUGUAUCUUACAACACUUUUAAGAAAUAUUGUUCGAUUUUUCCUCAAAUUUUCGUACCACCAAAUCUGUCCGAUUUGGAGAAUUCCAAGUCCCACAAGAAUAAUCGUAAAUCAAGGCCUGUUUUGUGCAAUACAUCCAAAGUAUUCGAGUUUAUUUGGAACCUUUUUAUCAUCAUCAAAGGUGAAGACGAGCAGUGCAGCACUGACUUGGUUAAAUCCUACCAUCUGCUAUUCGGCUGUUUGGAUUUGGCUUUUAAGAACGCCUUUCUGGCAAAACGCAGAGAUUUGUUGAAUCCCUCCUUCCAGAGUUUGCCCAGAGACUGGAGCAAUUCGAACUUCGAAGUACCCAAAGAGGCUCCUUGCAUAAUAGAUCAAUUUUCCAUGCUGGUCGAGGCGGAAUAUGUUAAAACCUAUCCGUUGAGGGAUUACAUUACCAAUUUGAUCAAAAAUAAGGUUUUAUUAGCUGACCCCAGUAAUUUUACCGGGUUGUUUAACGAAGACAACUUUGACAAUAAUUUUAAAAAUGUAAUAAAUGCGUACGAAACGCACUUAUUAAACAUCGCUGAUGUCGAUGAGAGGAUAUUUCUAGCGGAGUAUCGCAGAUUGUUGCUAGAACAACAAAACGCGCAAUCUAUUGUAGUGGAUUCGGGUUGUCCCGUAACAAGCAAUUUUCCGCAUUCCAUGGAUAAAUCCAUCACUCAGAAUAUUACUAAUUUACACAAUCUUUUGAACCGCAAAUCAUCGGCUUCUAGUGAAUCGUUUUUAAAUCAAGCGAACCCUCUGCCGAUUAUUCAACAAGUUUUAGACGAGUUAACUGAGAAAUUCGUAUCUGCUUAUGUACGUAUUUUCCCAACGAAAGAGCAGGACGCGAAGAACAGGAGCCAAAUCGGCGUGACAUUAUUCUACAAAUUCGUCCAGAAUAUCUUAGAUAACGAAAGGAAAAUCGGAAACGAUAUAUCUGUGCUGUUGCAGAAAGAUUUGUUUUAUCAAUGCAUGCUGGCUUGUUGUAUGGAAAUCGUGCUGUUCUCGUAUAAUUUCCCCAACAAAUUCCCAUGGAUUUUGGAAGUUUUCGAUUUGCAGCCUUAUCAUUUCGUGAAAGUCAUCGAACUGAUCGUUAGAACCAAGAACAAGCCUCCCAGCGAUAUAAUAAUUCAUUUAAAUAAAGUCGAAGAAAUGAUUCUAGAAAGUUUAAUGUGGCGCUCUGAUAGUAUUAUUUGGAUUACAAUUGACAAUUUGGGUGGAGAUAUUCCCAAUGUAGAAACGAGCGCUCUACCGGGUUGUUUAUUUUAUGUUGAAAGAACCGAAAUGAAUACCGAAAGCCACAAUGGCAAAGUCUUACAAUCACCGUUCCCAUCAGCUUUAGAUCGCUUCCAAUCACCCGUAAGGGGACAAUUACUCGUCAACGUUGAGCCUUGUCAUUUAAUUCUCAACCAAUCGGAGGACCAAUCACUACAACCCCGUAAACGUAACAGCCUGUCUAUUAUACUCAGCAAGUUUUAUUACUUGGCGUACAAGCGAAUGGAUCAGUUUUGCACCAAGCUCAAUUUGAAGAACAUCGAAGUCAAACAGAAAAUCUGGACGUUCUUCGAGAAAUCCAUACAAAGCAAAGAGCUGAUCAAAGACAGGCACCUGGAUCAGCUGUUGAUGUGCGCUAUAUACGUCAUUUGCAAGAUAUCGGAUUUCGCGUUGAUGUUCCAGGACAUACUCAAGCACUACAGGGAGCAAUCCCAAUGCUCCAGCGAUAUUUAUCGAAAAGUUUUCGUAGAAAAUCAAAUAAAAGAUGGUAUGGUGAUAGUAAAAACUGACAAUUUGAUAACUUUCUACAACACUGUUUACGUAAAGGUGAUGGAGAAAUUCGCGAAAACUUUCACCCAAAAACAACUACCAGAGGUUGACUUGCUGCUGAGUCCAUUACCAGCCGUUAAAAGAGACAUGAUUCAGAAAUUCGCCAACGUUUACGUGAGGCCUUUGGAAAGUCACUCUCCCAUCUCCGAUAGUAGCAUAAAGUAUACAUUUAGUCGCAGUCCUUCGAAGGAUUUACAGGACAUAAAUAGACUGGUUAAUAGUAAUAAGGUGAUGGGUAAGAGACUGCUAGUCGACGAUCAGGGCGAUCAGCAACCCAACAAGAAAAUCGCGAAGAAAUUCAAAUCGCUCGUCGACUAUCGCGAAGAGUUUAAUCAAAAUACGAAUACGCAAGAUUUAAUGGCGCGCCAUUAAAGCUGGGCUAUAUUUUUAUUAUCCCUACUAAUAUUACGUAUAUACAUAAUUAUUUAUGUGUUAAAUAGAUUUUAUUUGGGUGUUAUAGGCAAUUUUAAACGAUUAUCAUAUUAUUAAAAUUUGUAUACCGAUUUGCAGAAAUUUAGGAAGCUGGCUUAUUUCUGUUCUUAUAUAAAGCCAAUAGAAGUCUAUGACACCGACAUUUAGCAAGGAAAGCAUCACGAAAAACUAAGCGAUUAAUUUUUUCGUUUUUCCUUAGAUUUUAAGUUUUAUUUGCAAUAGUUUUGUAAAUUGUUACAAAACGAUUUCUAAGUGUUAAUUGUGAUGAUAAUAUUAAAUUGUAGUAAGCAUGUCGAUGAGACUUAUACUUUUAAUUAAAUUUUUCUAAACCUA